AUGUCUACUCCAACCCCAGGAGGGUUCUCGCUAUUUCCGAGCCCAAACGCUUCCAAACCACCGCCUACUUCACGCAAUCAGACCCCGAAACCUCGUCGCUCUGAAUCCCGUGAGCGAGAUUUACGGUCGGCUACACCACAAGCGAUGGCUUCCGAACCAUCUGAGCCUGUUUCGCCGCCGAGAAAUGGGCGACAGACGCCACAGAAUAGAGCCCAAACACCCCAGAGAGCUCAGACACCCCAGGGACAAGCACCGCAAAAUAGGGCACAGACACCACAGAACAGAUCCCAAACGCCACAGGGUACACCCCAAAACAGAUCACAUACCCCAAUCGAGUUCGACCCUAUUCGACAACAGCAGGAACCCAAACCCGUCAAAGUCCAAAGACCAAGACCAACUGUCCAGAUCCCAGGUCGUGCCGAUACCGGCAACAUCCAAGGCCCUGCGCUCGUCCGCAACAGCAGUGAUCGAUCUCGAAGUUCCAUUGCGAAACCUCCUCUCGGUGGUGAAGCCACUGCGCAACCCCUCCGAUCAAUCUUUCCAGCGUAUAACCCAGAGCUGCCACUGAACCAGCAACACUAUGUUCCCACCGAGACUCGACCAGCUGAGAUCCCACGAGCAGUUAUUAGUCGGCAGACGUACCAUGAAACACCUGCCGGAGCCGCACCAAGAAACCCGCCGGUUCGAAGUCCCGUUAUUAGUCCCAUGAGCAUUCAAUCCGCGCAGUCGUCGUGGCCCCAUCGUGCCGUCCAGCAACAGGAGCCCCCGCUGAUCCCGACGGUUAGUUCGAAUGAACUUCUCAAGAAUUACUGGAAAGUCGCAAAUGGAUGGCAGGCUUCAGCAUCCGAGGGACGAGUGUACUGCAUGAAGUUGACACAAGAAAAAGAUGCGCCCGUCUACAGUCUUUCGUCUGCGACGCAGCCCUUUUACAACCUCCGCUUGGAUCCAACUUCGGCGUCGGCAUAUGUAACUCUUACAAGACAUGAUCCCAACAAGCCUUACAAAGCACCCAAGCCUGAAGCAAGUUCUUCAGCGAGCAGUAUUAUCAGCGGUGCUGUCGGACACAACUCAGGUAGUAAAGUCACCGACACGAAGCAUUGGCAAGAAGCUCUUACUACGACUCUGGAGGAAGAGACGCGGAGACAUCCCCCCAACGAUGGCCUCGUUGCACUUCUCAUGCCCUCGCCGGCUACAAAGAUGGCCAUCGAGAGAUCACAAGACCCCGCGUCUGUCAUGCUGGCAGAAAGAGAAUGCGCACGUCUUGUAUGGGAUGAGGAUAGUUCCCAUCACUUCCUCGUCCAUCCCGCCCUCGCAACCCCCUUCUGCGUCACCAUCGAGCGCUCCCCCUCAUGGUCCCGCGUAGAAUACACCCUCGAACACAACGAAUCACCCCAACACCUCGCCAAGCUUACCCGGGAUGGCACCGGCAGCGGCUGGCUAGAGAUCGACACAGGCAUCGCCUCGAAGAUAGAGUCGUACUUUAUCGUCGAUGUAGCCGUCACAGCACUCCUCCUCGUAGCGCAGGGCGACGAGAAGAACAACCCCAUCACAGAAGCCUUUGAGCCCCCGCCGCCUCUGAUCCUGACAGCCAAGCAGGAAAAGCGUCUGAGCAAGAAUGGCAAGCGGGAAGAAAAGAAAAGCAAGAAGCGCAAUAUGGAGGCGUUUGAGAUUGACGUCGAAAGCCAAGAUGAGAGUCUCGGCAAGGACAAGUCAAAAGACAAAGAGGACAAACUGCCUUUUUUGAUCAGGGUGAUUGUCAAGAUCGUCAAGGGCCUGUUUGCGUGCUUCAUCUGGCUGCUGAUGAUAAGUUUCCGGUGUGUCGGGUUCGCGUUCAAGGGGUGUUAUAAAUGCAUCGGAUCAAAGUAUUAA